GUGUUCGAGGCGGUGGCUCAGGACAGCCUGAUGGGAGCGGUGAAACCUGCCCUGCAGCACUUGGUCAAGGUCCUCGCUGAGUCCAAUCCUGGCCGUUACAGCUUCCUGUGGCGCUGGUUUGAUGAGAUCUAUGCCCUGCUGGAUUUGCUGAUCCAGCAACACUACCUGGCCAGGUGUAGUGCUUCCUUCUCUGAAAACUUCUACAGCCUGAAGAGGAUUCCCAUGGGAGAUGGGAGACAGCAGCCUCUGGCCACAGCUGGCCUGCCCAAGAGGCAGCACUGGAAGUCUCUGCUCCUGCUGGUUCUUGUUCCUUACCUGAAAGGAAAGCUGGAGAAACUGGUGUCCAGCCUGAGGGAAGAGGAUGAGUACUCCAUCCACCCUCCAUCAUCCUCCUGGAAGCGCUUCUACAGAGCCUUUCUAGCUGCCUACCCCUUUGUAAACAUGACCUGGGAGGGCUGGUUUCUUAUCCAGCAACUCUGCUACAUCCUGGGGAAAGCUCAGCACCAUUCCCCCAUGCUAAGGCUGGCUGGUGUUCGUCUGGUCAGGCUGACUGCAGAGGAUAUCCUGGCCCUGGAGGAGAAAUUGGAUGGAGCCACCUCAAGUGAAACACACAGCUUUACAUCACGAGUGCAGUCGGCAGUGAGGAAAGCUCUGGGUGGCAUUGCCUUCUCCCUGUCCACUGGGCUGUCCGUCAGUGUUUUCUUCCUCCAGUUCCUGGAGUGGUGGUACUCCUCAGAGAACCAGGAGACCAUCAAGUCUCUGACAGCUCUGCCAACCCCUCCACCCCCUGUGCACCUGGACCAGGAGCCCAGCUCAGCUCUCCUACCCAAACUGAAGACUGUGUGCCCUCUGUGCCGCAAGAUCCGCGUGAAUGCCACAGCCCUGUCCACCUCUGGCUUCGUCUUCUGCUACCGCUGUGUGUACACCUAUGUGAAGACUCACCAGCGCUGCCCAGUCACAGGUUAUGCCACAGAGCUGCAGCACCUUGUCAAACUGUACUCUCCUGAGAGCUGA